CCGGCCGAUCGGCUUCAGUCAUCUCCAGGAGGACUCGCCAUUCAUUCGUCUGUCUUAAGCACUGCUAACCCUCCCGGAGCCUCUAAUGCUUCCAAUGCUGCAAAGAAUCCAAUUAUGGCUAAACACCACUUUCCGGGCAAUACUAGUCCUCAAUUCUGUCAGUAUAUUCUUGAAAGGAGUCGAUAUAUCUUUCAACCGCUCAAACGCCAUAAGACUGAAGGCGUUCGCCGACUCUGUUCUCAUCCAACGUUACCCUUAUAUCUGUCGGGAUCUCAAGACGGAUCAGUGACCCUCUGGGAGUGGAAACACCACCAGUCGAUCGCGUGUCCCCGUCCGGGCGGCACG